UAAGCUGUGAAUGCGGAACUAAAGGGUAUGGGGAGGACUUUUGGAGGCCUAGCUCCUACCGCAGGAGAGACCUUGGGGAGACCUUAGUGCUAUGCUAUGGGUUCAGCCCUUCCGCAGUGCCACACGCUGCCAGGGAGGCAGGGUCGGGGUGGCGUGGAUGGACAGACUGCCAGGAGAUGUGUACCAGCUCUGAUGGGGUUGGGGACGGGGCGCAGCUGGGGCUGAACCUGCACAGUGCAGCAGAGCUGUACCAGGAUGUUGAGUCACUGCACGGGAAGGAUAGUUUUCUGAACAACACAAAAAAAAUAACCACCCCUCUGAACUUCUGUGAUUUUUCAGAAGGAGACAGAUUUAUCAGCAACCAGGCGGCUGUGACUGAGGAGUGACCCGCUAGGAGAAGCUGAGGGCAAGCAGGUGCUGCUGACCAACCUGGCCGGGAUGAGAUGGGCUGCAGAUGCUCCCUGUCCUGGGAGGGCAGCCCGUUAACACUCUGCCACCUACCUCUUCGGGUAGCAGUUUGAUGCAGAGCAGUUUCUGAAGGUGAGGUGCCACCCUUUGCUGCGGAGACCAUCCUCUCCCCUUCGGUGGGGGAAACGGGCUUCGGGGCCCCACCACCACCUAGCAGGAAAGAUCUGCCUUAGGAACACCUUGAUCAACGUGUCCUGGUUCCUGCUUCUGAAAAGGAGUCAGGAUUGUUUUCAAAAGCAGCAGGAGUCCUAUCCACCUAAGCACUUAAAACACGGGGAUUCAGCAAGUUUGGGAGCCAGGAGCACAGGGCUGAGACCAUACAGGCACAGGUUAGGACCCACCAGCUUCACGCGAGCUUAGUCAUUCUCAACUCAAACUGCCACUGAGGGCAGGACUUCAAGGUUUGGGGACUUUGUUUCCCCUCAAGGCCACUUAAAGUGGCCUCUGGGCUGCAGGGAAGUGAGGGAUGCCCUCAUUUCGGAAAUGAGCAGAAAGUUUAAUUGUGGCAACCUGAGUGCCUCAUCUGAGCUCCUGAAGAAUCAUAGAAUGGCAUGGGUUGAAAAGGACCUUAAAGAUCAUCUAGUUUCAAGCCCCUUAAGACUGAGCAAGCUGUCAGGGAACAGUACUUAGAGGCUGCAUGAUUUUUUCGUUCAUCCACUGAGACCACAGCGGGACUGAGAGGGGAUUUUCCUCUCCAUGAGCCUCCAAGGAAACCAUCAGUCCAUGCAGUGUUUUUUCGGUUGUGCUUCCUGGGAGCCAUGUUACCAGAGAGCCCUGGUGAUUGUUCCUUGGAAGUGCAAAGGCACAGGUUGAGAACUGAGGGAGUUUUAAGCAGCAGCAAGUCUGACACACGAAUACCCAGCAAGGCAGUGGAAAGAGGGGCUGGACAUCUGGCUUGAAGAGUCCUCCAAGCAGGGUUGCCUUUUCAGGCAUCUUUGCCUAUGCAUGUGGGGAUGGGCAUCCUUGGAAAUCCCACGUUGCUCUAAGACAGCACAUGACCCACCACUUUCCCAGAGCAAACCUGCUGUUUGUGUUAGCUAUCAGCUACUUCUCGGGGGGUUUGAGGCAGCUGGUUUUAUGGGGGUGGGUCCUCCUCUGUCUUCACAGCUCAAUAGGAGACAAUCUAGUUAUAACCACUGCUGCACAUAAAUACUGUGUAUUGAUGUACAUUAUAAAAAUCAUUUAUUUGUAUGCAGUGUAUGUAAAAGGCUGUCUUUAUGAGGUGCAAUGCAAUGGAUGAAACUAGGGUGAGUUUCUAAAUAGGAUUUUCCCGCCAGGAAGGCCAGAGCAGAUGACAAGGACUCUGCCCCUUGUGCUCUCCGACUGUAAUGUCCUUCCCUGCCUCAGUGGACUCAGUGCUGAAACCUAUGGAUGAGGUCUCCUCCGUAAAGAAGAGCCCGAGGCAAUGCUCUUUGACAUACGAAGAACUACGUCAUUCAUCUUAACUUGCUUGCUAAAUUACUUUUGUUUAAUCAAAGGACUUCUUGUGGUACCUUACCUGGUCCCUUAAGGUUGUUUCAUCACAGGUAUCUCCUACUUUCUCCCAUUUUGAAAUCACUCUCUUAGCCCUAUUCCUUAGCAAUUAAACACAAAAUGGCAUUGAACCUACCUUGUUUUUGGCAGGCAGUUUCCCAUCCUCCCACUGGAUCUCUGCACCCUUGGUAACCAGCUUUUGGCGUGGUUUCCCUGCUGUCUGAAUUUUCUGUACUGGAUAUGUUACCAAAGGAGACUCAAUGGCUGUACAAGCUCCUUAUCUCUCCCACCCAGAUACUGUACACCAAAAAAAAAAAAAAAAAAAACUUAAAAAAAAAAAAAGCCUCCACCACAGACAACCACUUGACGUGUGGAGGUGGGGAAAGGAGAAGGGGAGGAUGAAUGAUUGACGUGGUUUCCUGAGAAGCCAAGGCGAGCUAGAGCAUGCUGCUGCUGGUGGCCCCCACGAGGAGGCUGACGGGCUGCAGCAUGGACUCCCUUUAGGAUCCCUGAACUGAAACAGCAAUGUGGGGAUGUGGAGUGCUCUCAAGAAGAAAUCAGAGUGCUUGGCCACUGAGAAAAGUCACGAUGAAACAAAAGCUGGGUGCACGUGAGGCAGGGGUUUAUGAGGCAUCUCUUACCGUAUGUGCAUAUCGGGAAUGUCCGUAGAGUAAGAGCGAGGCGUAUAAAAAAGAGGAAGCUGCAUUGUGAUGGAUCAGUCAGUCAGUCGCUCGCUAGUCUCGGGGACGCACAGCUGAAAUGAUAGCCAUCUGCCUGCUCCUCUCCAGCCUCUGGAGCCUCGCUUCAGGCUCCGUGCAGGUGACACACAUGAAGGUGCAGUCGGUCCAGGCAGGCGGGAACGUUACUUUCUCAUGCCAGCUGGCCACAAACGAAGACGUGAUACAAGUGACCUGGCAGAAGGAGGUGGACGGGGCCGAAAGCAACAUAGCAACUUACAGUACCAUCAAUGGCCAGAAGAUAGCAAAGGACUACGAUGGCCAUGUGAGCUUCACAGACAGCGGGUUGCAGACUUCAGCCAUCUCCCUUCACAGGGUCACCCUGCAAGAUGAAGGAUGCUACAAGUGCAUCUUCAACACCUUUCCCUCGGGGGCCAUCACAGGCAGGACAUGCCUCAAGGUUUACGCCAUCUCGGACCCCAAAGUGGAAGCCAAGUUUAUACCCAGUCCAGACAUAUCUGAAGACUCUGAGAAAGUGGUGGGGAUGAGCUGCUCAGCAACAGGGAAGCCAGCUCCAAAAAUCUCCUGGCGCCUCCCCAGCACGCUGUUGCAGAAACCAAGGGAGUACCACGUCAGGCUCGGCAACCAGACAGUCACUGUCAUCAGCAACUUCACCCACACCCACUCCAAAAUCCUCCUGGAGUACCCCAUCGCCUGCGUGAUCCAGCACCCGUCUCUGAACGUGACCCUGGCCCUGCCCAAGGACAGCCUGGCACAGGGUCAGGAUAGCGCCGUGGCACCGUCUGUGGCCACCAUCGUGGGGGUGAUGGUCCCUCUGAUUUCCCUCCUUCUCCUCGCCUGCUUCCUUCGCUGCUGCCUGAGGCACCUACAUGACCCGGAGAGAAACCUGGCCCGGCCCGGCUGGGUCCUUCCUGUAUGUGCCAAGGAGAAGGCAUGUGGACAGUCCGUGCUUGUUGGCAAGCAGGGUGCCGCCGCGCCGCCUAACAGCUGAGAUCCUGCACACCCAACACGUGGACACAUUGGACUGUCAAGUAAACCUGCUGUGAGAUCACAACAAAGGAAAUACAGAAAAAAAAGACUUUUUAUAAUAUAUAUUUAUUUAUUUUGUUAUACAACCAUAUUCCGUUUUGUAGAAAAACUGUGAAAUAUUUAUUUGAGAAGCUAAGACUCUUGGCUAUGUGGAACUGCAUAACGAAACCUUGUGGUUUGCAUUUUCUAUGCUGCGUUUACUCCUUUCUCAUAUGUUAAUAUCAGAGGUUCAAAGCUGGGUGGGGGCUGCCUGAGGCAGCAUGGUGUUUUGUGGGGCCACUGACUUGGGGGGUGCUGCCUGUGGGUGGAGGGAGGCAGCAGGCACUUGGGGCGAGGAUGCUGCUGUUGUGAUUUUUAGGGAUCUGAACACUCUUGCAAAGGGCUCAGGAGAGCACAUCUGCAGCUGGUCCAUAUUUGUAACUCUGGUGCCAGGGGCUGUAAGUUCUGAGCCAUCAGGCACCAGGAGACUGCCAGCCCUCACCUCCACCAGCCUUUCCUAGAAAGGGGUGUAAAAACAAAGUGCCUUGUGUCUUCCCUCCCUUCCCUUCUCCUCCCUGUGGCCAACAAGCCGAGUCAUCUGAAAGGAAAGAGAGUGGGUGAGCUGAGAAUGAAUAAACCCAAUUCUUGUCAUAGAAAAAAAAGCUUUUUUAAACCUCAUAAUGCUUAGUAAUAACUGAUCUGGUGAGUGCAGGGAAAGGGGAACUAGCUGCAGCCCAGCAGCCCUCACAAUUGGGGAAUUUUUCUCCAUAAUUGUCAAAGGAAGAAACCUCUUUUUCUUUUUUUCCAGACUUCCCCAGAACUGCAAUCUAGGUUUCCUCUUUGCCUUCAUGGGAAAGGGCUAUGAAAGGAGGCAGACCUUCCCCAGGGGUAUUUUGUGCCCUGUGGGAUGCAGGCAAAGUGACUGCUGCUCCAGGCGGUGGUACGUCAGACUUCUCCACUCAGUGGGGUUCGCACUUGCUCUUCAGGUUUUUUUUUUAGUUUGAGGUUUUGUUUGUUUGUUUGUUUUGUUUGUUUUUGGAGAGUUUUUAAAAAUGUUUGCUUCUAAUGUUUAAAUUAUUAUAUAUAUAUUUUUUUUUUAAAAAAAAGAAAUCAGUCUGUUUCUGAAGUAGACUUGACAUGAGAAUGAAAAGGAUUUUCAGAGGGGAGAUAAGGCACAAAGCUGGCAAGAAACUCUUAUUAAGCAUAGGAAGAUUGUAGAGAUAAUGUAUUUUUAUUUUUUUACAAGUUGUUCUUCUGGAGUGGAAGCUGGGUUUGGAGUCAAUAAAAUACAUACUUAUGUGUGUUUUUGUAACUCCUUUUACUUUUUAGUUGAAUGUUAAAUUGUGAAAUGCUUCUGUAGGUUUCUGCUUACCAGCGCAACAGAACUAGAGAGCAAAUGAAAGGGGGGAUCUGGCAGCAUACAAGCAAAA